CACAGCUCUCAUGUGCUCUUGUCCCUCUUUGACUAGGGAUUAAGUUGGAACAAGUUUCUUUUUCUAACUGGUAUUAAUAUUAUUUUCUAUACAGAGAGUGGAACAUGGAAUCGUUAAUCAGAUAUAUAAAGGUGAUUGGAGGUACCCCUGGUAAAGAAGGUCUCCUGGUCGGCUUGAAAAAUGGACAGGUAGGAUUUCAUCAUUUAAGAGGUGUGCGGAGCAUUUUUCAAGUUACGUAGAGACGUUUUCUUGACAGUAUAGGAAUGUGCCUGAUUUCAGUAAAAAUCUCUCAUAAAUAUUCUAGCUUCAAAAUUAAUUCCCUGAAUCGGAAAGGAUAUUUUGUCCAGUCCUAUUCUGAGAUCAGUGCACUGCAUGAAGCAUAAUUUUCGUCAUCUGCUUGUUGUCUUAACGUUAAUGUAAAUUUGCAAUUCUAGGGAUGUCAGACGUACAAUUUAGUUGCAUGGGUGGUCGCCUUUGUGCCUCCCCCUCACACCCAGUGCCCGCCAUUCCUUACCAUAUUUUUUUUCGUAGAUCUUAAAAAUAUUCACAAAUAAUCCAUUUCCAAUCCUGCUAUUGAAACAACAAACCAGUGUUCGCUGUCUGGACUUAAGCUGCAGGUACUGUUCGACAAAAGUAUGUGUUCUCUUUAGAGCUCCAGAGAAAGAAAAUUUUGUAAAAUGUGAUUGGCCAACACAAAUUUUCCGUCGGAAAGUUUUAAAAAUUUUCUGUCCGUGGAAAAUUUUGCUUGAAUGGAAAUGGGCCUUUCUAUCCAACGGGAUGCCCCAAAAUCUUGAUGUUUACCACACAAUAACAUAUUCAAUUUAUUUUCAGCCGAACUAAGAUAGCAGUCGUAGAUGAGAACAACACGUGUCUUGUGUACAACUUGAAGAACAAAGAACUUUUGUUCCAAGAGCCUGGUGCUAAUAGCGUGGCCUGGAAUACUCAUAAUGAGGUUGGUUAAGUUAAAGUUAUCCAGUAUAAAGAUUAAUGCCCAGCAUAACGUACGCAAAAAAGCCAUAUAGACAAUAAUAUAGACAUAAAAUUUAUUUAAGAAGUACUAACGUUUCGUCUUUAACCUAAGACAUCUUCAGAGUAAAUGAAUAUAGUAUGCAAUGAGUUACAAAUAUGAAUAAAUUACUAUUUACAAUAUUCCUAUUACCUCCGCAUAUUCCUAUUACCUCCGCAUAUUCCUAUUACCUUGUAAUUUGAUAUUGUAAAUAGUAAUUUAUUCAUAUUUGUAACUCAUUGUCAUACUAUAUUCAUUUACUCUGAAGAUGUCUUAGGUUAAAGACGAAACGUUAGUACUUCUUAAAUAAAUUUUAUGUCUAUAUUAUUGUAUAUAUGGCUCUUUUGCGUACGUUAUGCUGGGCAUUAAUCUUUAUACUACGAUUACGAUUCCCGCCUGGUUCAUCACUUGCAAGUAAAGUUAUCCACAUAUACAGUUUGCCGAAAACAGGCGUAUCUUAUAGCCACAAACCCUGGCUAUAAGGUAUGUCGAAAGCAGGCGUAAUAAAGUAACCCAAUAAGUCACUGCGUUUUUAUGUAACUAUUUUCCAUAAACCGCUGUAGUUCAUACCUCCAGAUACGGCUGAGGUGGGAGUUUAUAGCAAACAAAUACCAAAGAAACACUUGCCUCGGUGACGUGAAGAUAUGUCAAAUCAAACUUGUUUUUGACAAAAAAACUUCUUUUCUAGGACAUGUUAUGUUAUUCUGGUAAUGGCAUUCUGAACAUAAAAGCCAGUAAUUUUCCAGUACAUCAACAAAAAUUACAGGUAUUGAUGAGAAAAGAUGUGCAUGAAAUAGUUUGCAUGAUUUGUGAGGUGCAGAUCUAGUGUAUCCACUAUAAAAGCAACUUCAGUUUUUGGUUUAUUGAUAUUGGUGUAUCUUUGUAACACAACAUGUGAUAACAUUUUUCCUUUAGGGUUUUGUUGUGGGCUUCAGUGGAUCAAAGAUCUUCUGUCUUCAUGUUUAUGCAAUGACUGCUGUUGAAGUUCCGCAGGUUAGAUAUUUUCUUACGACUGUUCGUCAAAUUAAUUGCCAUGCAUCUUUGUUGCGCCACCCCUCCCUCCGAUGAGAUUACACCCCCCCCCCCAACUGAAAUUAAAAUAACAUAAUUUGUGAUUCUAACUCUCAUGCAUACUCUUGCUAGUCAACUCUCCUCGUCGUUUGAGCAGGGCUUAAGGAUGUUUCUUGUUUGUCCCAAUACUAGAUUAAGCCUUGAUUUUAUACUGAGUAAGUUGUACGGGAAUAAAUCUGAUGUGGUUUUAUUCUUUACAAUAUCUAGUCUGCAUCUAUGUAUCAAUAUCUGGAAACGAAGCAGUACAAGGAAGCUUAUAAAGUCGCGUGCUUAGGAGUCACUGACGGGGACUGGAGAGCACUUGCUAUGGAAGCUAUGGAGGUAAUGAUGGUUCCCUGGCCGGAUGUUGGGAAGGGGAAGUGGGGGAAAGUGCACACCUUUCCUGAGAUAGUUUUGCACCUCCCCUGAGAUUGUUGGCACCUCAAAGGUUGAAUGAUAAAUCAAAGUGAAAAUUUGACGAAUUUUAGUGAAAAUAAAUUUGAUAAUUUUUUAUACAUUGCUUACAUUUUGUAAGAAAGUUUUUCUAUAAAAUUGAAAAAAACUGAUAGCCAUUCAUCUCUAUGUCAAGUACCCUUUAAAUGAAAUGUUUCGAAAUAAAUUUUGUUGUAAUGUGAUUAAGGACAAAAUUGGAUGAGUCGUACAACCAUGAUUCAUGAAUUCACGGAUACAUAUAUAAAGGGAAGAGGUUAUUUCGCUGGCCUCAGAGUGACAAAACGUAACAAAGCAACGGUUUUACUAACACUAACCCUACUCCAAACACCAACUCUAACCCUAAUCCUUACCCUAAUCCUUGCCUUAACCCUAACCUAACCCUACUCCAAGUUUGUUUCUAAACCAAUCGUGAAGAAAAUUUUUUUGACGAAAUGUUAUUCUGAGGUCAGCGAAAUAACUUUUUCCACGUUCUAAGUCCUAGCGAAUCAUGGGGGCUCCCCCAAAUAUUUUAUCCUCCUCCUCCAUUUCCACCAAAUUUCUAAUUUUAAUUCCGUAACCUUACUUUGCUUUUUCUCAAGGGUUUGAACUUUGAUAUUGCGAAGAAGGUAAGACCUUAAUAACACAAUUCAUAGCCGUGAAUAUUUUUGUAUGGGCUCGCAAAAUCUUCAUACAACAAAGUCACUGCGUUUGAGGCAGGUCAGACGAAAAAUUUGGUUGCCAUCAAUGUGCUGGAAAAGAGAUUUAGUAGCCCAACAGAGGCUUUCAUUGUUUGUUCUGAGGAGUUGGGCAAGCAAUUUUGUGCUUGGCCUCUAUAUUUCUUAUCUUUAUAUAAUUCUUAAACCUUUCUUGUUAUUUUAGGCUUUUACAAGAGUUCGUGAUCUCAAAUAUUUGGAGCUUCUUCAAAAUAUCGAGGUUUGUAUUUGCAGAGCACAAUAAUGAUUCUUAUUAAGGAUGGUUUACACUAUCAAAGUUUCUGUGAUCACAGUAGGAAUUUUGCAUUAGUAAAUUCUUCUAAGUCCUAAACAUUUCUUACAAAUCCUUCAAAACUUAAUAUUUACCUAUGCAAAAUUUCUACUGUGAUCACAGAAAUUUUGUUAGUGUGAACCAUCCUUUAGUGGAAGUGCUGCAAUUGUAUUUGAACAUAAUAAUGAUUCUUAAGUAUCUUUUCCACAUCAACCGUAUCGUAGCGAAGCGCAGCGUAUUUCUUUGUUUUCUGAACACCAGAGUGGAACCAAUGACUUCGGCACAAAAGAAAAUGCUACGCCUUUAGUGUGAAGAUUGCACCAACAUAUUUAAUACCAAAUGUUUUAUUCACCCAGCUUUUAUCAACUUUAUUUUCAGGAGAGGAAAAAGCGAGGUGAAACAGAAAGCUUGGCGUUUCUAGCAGACAUCUAUGCUUAUCAGGGGAAAUUUCAAGAGGCCGCGAAACUUUACAAGAAGACUGGUAAUGAGGAAAAGGUACCUUACCAAAAAUUAAAACGCCGUAUAAGCAGCAAGUUCGUUUUGAGAUUUGCUAAAAUCUAUCACUUUACCUUCUUUUUAGGCUUUGUCGAUGUUCUCCGAUCUUCGUCAGUUUGAAUAUGCAAAGG